CGUGACGUCAGCUCAGCUGUCGUAUAAAGUCAUUUCCCGUUUUCUUCCUUAUCUCUUGUUUUUAUAAAUUGCUCUCAGGCCGUAACUAACCAUAAGUCAGCAAUGUUACAACGAUAAGUGAUCGCAGUGUUAUUAUCGUGUAUUCAGUGUUUUUAUCGGGAAUAUCCCUUCAGACCGCUCUCGGUGCAAACAUGGUUACCUGUUCCAAUACUUUCGUAUUGGUUUUAUUUUCUGUAUUAAUUACUGAAUGUGUGCCGCGUUCUAUAGAAGAAGAUGAUGAAUCAUUUCUAGGUGUACCGAAAUAUACAAAAUACGAUGAUUUAGUGAAGUUGUUCGCGGACUUAGAAAAAACACAACCGGACCUUGCUAAAGUUUAUUCUAUAGGAAAGUCAGUAGAAGGACGUGAAUUGUUGGUCAUCCAGAUAUCUGAGGACGUAAAGAAGCAUCAUGCUGGCCGGCCAGCUUUCAAGUAUGUGGCGAACAUGCACGGCGACGAGGCAGUAGGCCGGGAGCUGAUGGUGUUCUUGGCCAAGUACUUGAUUCUGAACUACGGCAAGAAUGACAGAGUCACGAGGCUGGUGAACACCACGGAGAUUCAUCUGAUGCCGUCGCUUAACCCUGAUGGAUUUGAGAGCAGUGCUGAGGGCAGCUGCGAUUCCAUCGGCAACGGGCUGGGCCGCAACAACGCCCACGGCAUCGACCUCAACCGCGACUUUCCCGACCAAUUCGACCGCCAUCGCUCCGACGAUGACGCUUAUCUUUUCGGGAACCGACAGCCAGAAACCAUAGCUUUGAUGAAGUGGGUCAUGGGCAAGCAGUUUGUGCUGUCCGGCAAUCUGCAUGGAGGAACGGUGGUUGCUAGCUAUCCUUAUGAUGACUUGAGGUCAGGCAAAGACUGUUGCGAAGAAAGUCAAUCGCCAGACGAUCAGCUCUUCAAGCAUCUUGCUUUGGUAUACGCAUCCAAGAAUGAGGUGAUGCACCAAGGCGACACGUGCCCGCCCGAGAAAUUCAAGGAUGGCAUCACGAACGGAGCUGACUGGUAUUCUGUUAAAGGUGGCAUGCAAGACUUCAACUACCUCCACUCGAACUGCUUCGAAGUGACCUUCGAACUGUCAUGCUGCAAAUAUCCUGCUGCCGCGGAAUUGCCUCGCUUCUGGAGACUUAACAAGGAUGCCAUGUUGAAUUUCAUUGAGCAGACACACACAGGCGUUAAAGGAUUUGUGGUGGAUGAAGACGGAGAACCUAUUAAGAACGCAUUCAUCAAAGUGGAAGGUCUGCACCACUUCGUGAAGACGACAGAACAAGGAGAAUUCUGGAGAUUACUGCUGCCGGGACAGUACAACAUCACUGCUUUGGCUCAAGGCUUCGAAUCUUCAUCUCCGAGCACCGUGACAGUCCCGGCCAACCAAAGCUCGGCCGCGCCGCUGCGGCUGCUGCUCCGCCGCCGCGCCCUCGGGAGAGUAAAGUUAGAAAACAUAGAUGUCCCUGAAGUAGUCAUCACUGAAGAAAAACCGGAGCAAAACCAACACCGUCGUGACGUGCCCAAUCUCCCUGCAGCGGAUUUCACCCACCACGACUACCUGAAGAUGGAGAGCUUUCUCAAGGACCUGGCGGCUUUAUAUCCGAAGAUCACCAAGCUGAGCAGUAUCGGGAAAAGUGUGGAAGGGAGGGAGCUGUAUGUGCUGGAGGUGACAAGGGACCCUGGAAGACAUAUUCCUGGCAAACCGGAAUUCAAAUACGUAGCCAACAUGCACGGGAACGAAGUGGUCGGUCGCGAGCUGCUCCUCAUGCUGGCAAAAUAUCUGUGCCAAGAAUACACCAACGGCAACGAGCGCAUACAGAAGAUGCUGAACAACACCAGGGUACAUCUUCUGCCCAGUAUGAACCCGGACGGAUAUGAGAAGAGCACUGUUGGUGAUUACAAAAGCACACACGGCCGUGAGAACGCACACAACGUCGAUCUGAACAGGAACUUCCCGGAUCAGUUCGGUGAAACCCCGGACAACCAAGUAGCAGAGCCAGAAACGAAAGCAGUAAUGGACUGGUCCCUCUCCAUCCCGUUCGUUCUAUCAGCAAACCUACAUGGCGGCUCUCUUGUCGCCAACUAUCCUUACGAUGGCAACCCUGCUAUGCACAGCGGAGACGAGUAUCUGACACCUGAUCAUGAUGUGUUUCUGCAUCUGGCGCAUACUUAUUCUGACACUCAUAUGAAAAUGCAUUUGGGACAACCCUGCAAGAGCUACCCUGAGCGGUUCCCUGAGGGCAUUACCAAUGGGGCUAAAUGGUACGUGCUAGCUGGCGGCAUGCAAGACUGGAACUACCUACAUACUAACGACAUGGAGAUAACACUGGAGCUAGGCUGUUUCAAGUUCCCCCCCGCUUCCGACUUGCCUACUUACUGGGCGGACAACCGGGAGGCAUUACUGACAUACAUUGAAGAGGUGCACAAGGGUGUCCACGGUUUCGUUCAUAGUCAUAUAGGCGGGAAUCUCUCUAACGCGACCGUAUCCGUGUCCGGCGUCCGGCACAACGUGCGCACGGCGCGCGACGGCGACUACUGGCGGCUGCUGGUGCCCGGCCGGUACAACGUCACCGCCAGCAAGCACGGCUAUGAGAGCGUAACGGAAGAAGUGGUAGUACCAGAAUCCGGCUCGGUCAGCGUCAACUUCACCCUGAUGCCCGACGACCCGCAGCAUUGGUCCUCGGCCUACGACUUCCGCGUGCUAGACAAUAUAAUGCACACGCGGUACCACUCCACUCUCGAGCUGUACGCCGAGCUGGCGGAGCUAGAGAACAAGUUCCCGGACAUUGCGGAGUUCCGGUCCGGGGACAGCCUGCUCACCGCCUCGCUGCACCAGCUCAAGAUGACCGACAAGGUCGGCUCGCCCGAAGAAACGAAGCUCCACAUGGCUCUAAUCAGCAACCUCUACGCCUCCCACGCUGUCGGACAAGAAAUGCUCCUUAACUUCGCCCGCCACAUAGCAACAGCGUAUUCGCUCGGCGAACCCAGACAUAAACGACUGCUUGAGAACGCUGUGCUGCACUUUAUACCUAACCUGGAUCCGUUGUAUGAGAAAAUACUGCGUGGGUUUAGCGGGGAACAAUGCCAGUUAUCUCCUCUAGAAGAAGAGUUCGGCGAUAGCCUGUACCACUAUAUCACCAAAACUAAUCUAAGUCCAUUGACUAACUAUACACGAGAGAAGGCCUUUGUUGAUCUCCUCAAGGCUGAGAAAUACGACAUCGUGUUGGAUCUGUCUUCAGGUACGGAAGACGUAGCGUACCCUGACUUGUCUCGCCGUCUAUUCGAGCAGUUCGCCCAAAAAUACCAGGACAACAGAACACCCAUGGACAAAUACGAAUGCCGAAACACGCCCUCCAACCACGGGAACUUACUCGAUGUGCUGUGCGAGAGGUACAAUACGCCGGUGGUAUCGCUGGGACUCAGCUGCUGCAAGAUGCCGAGCGAAAGCGAUAUAGCUUACGUUUGGAAAAGCAACUUGCGCGGCAUCAUGAAAUUCGUCGAGUUGGCUAAUACAGGUAUCCAGGGCUACAUCAAAAGUGAGAGCGGCGGGCCGGUCCGCGACGCGUCCAUCGUUGUGAACGACUUCCCCCGCGCCUACCGCGCCAGCCGCAACGCGGCGCACUACCGCGCCUCGCUCCCGCCCGGCGAGUACCAGGCCGUCGUGUCCGCCAGGGGAUACGUGGACCAGGCGUUGACAUGGCGGAUCAUCGAAGGCGAAGUGAAACAGAAAGACAUUAUACUGCACCGUGCCAACAGCGAGCUGCCGGGAGGCACGUUCGACGACACCGACUUGUACAAUGACCCCAACUUGGUCUAUAUUUCAGGUCUAGCCCUCGACCAAAACAGCGUACCACUAAACACAGCUAAGCUACUAGUGUACCCGCUGGGCACUAAAAAGCUGGUCGAUCCCGUGGCUACCAAUACAAGUGAUGCUAAUGGUCGAUUCGUAGUCACUCUACCGGUGACCUAUAUGGGCAGAGAAGUGCUUAUGACCGCUGAGAAGGACGGAUAUAUCUCUAGACAGAGACACAUUAUGGUGAACAAGGAUGAGAACAUGACCCCCAAGGUGCUCUUCAAGCUGGAAUCAGACGACAAAGUCCUCGGCAUGUCUCGCCUCGUUUUCGUCAUGGUUGCCGGCGUGGUGGGCGUGGCGCUGGUGUCGCUGGGCGCGUGGUGCUCGGGCUGGCGGCGCGGCGCGCGCCGGGACUACCUGUUCACGAGGCUCGCCAGCGACGAGAAGCGGCCCUUCACGGACGACGGGAAAUAUGAAAUAGUGAACAAGCCGUACUACGACGUGGAAGAGGUACCGCCCUCCGAGACUGAUUCCGAAGAGGAGAUCGUGUUGCUGCGGAACGACCGCGAAUGGAAACCAGUGGAGAACCUCAUCGACUAAGGAAAUUGUGUCUUAUUAGUAAGGGUUUAGGGUCCAUUUUACGUCGGAUAAUACAAGUAACAUAAGUAUGUUUUGCUUCCAAGUUUAAAUGAAGAAACCGACGAGUAUAGUUCGUGUCAUCCACGAUGACGCGCAGAUUUGUCAAAUCUAACCUUUAAUAACAUGAAAAUGCGAGUCAAGGCGCACGUCUUCAUGAAUGACACGAUCUGUAAAGAAACAUUUUAUUAACUAAAGAAAUGUAUUACGAGGUAUUAGGAUUCCUCUUACACCGGAUUUAAGUAACAUGAUGAUCCUCAUAAACUAAUAAGGAAACAGUGCCUUGUUAGAAGGGAUUACGAUCUAUUUUACAUGGGGGUGUAGCCGACUGAGUAAAAUACCGACUUAUCUUUUACACUAGUAAACAAAUUUCGACACCGUUAGGUGUCGAUGUUUUCUAUGGAACAUCCAGUUUUAUAACGACAUCGUAGUUGGAAAAUCCCCCUUAUUUAUGAUCAUCUGCAUAUUCAAAUUAUGGCUCGGCGUUUAAUAAUGUCUCUUAUCUUUAUGAAAGUUUGGGAUACUAGAACUGGUAACAUUUUAGCAAUAUUUUACAUCGAAUAUUACUUUUAUUCUACUAAUAAGAUAGGCCUCUGCUACUAUUGGUUAACACAUUCACUGCCAGACCAAAAAACGGCGCACUACCCCAGAAACCGGUGGUCUAUAGCUGCGUACAAAACAACCCGCCCAGCGGGUUGUCCGGCAUCUGAAUAAAGUUCACGAGCGCCCACCAGGUGGGUUCCCGACAGUGAAUGAGUUAAAAAAUACGAUUAGCCAAGUAAAAUACUACCUUAAUUAGUAGUUGUUAAGGUCCAUUUUACAUCACGUGCUAAUCUACAUGUAAUAUAUUAAUAUGGCAAUAAACAGAAGAAACUUAGUGUAGAAAAUAUAUCCAUAAUGUAAUGGACACAGUUUAAGAUUUCAUUUAACUACUGUCACUCAGAAUGUAGUAUAUGAAAGUCGUCGAUAAGCCUGCCUAGGCAAUGUGAAUAAUAGUUUAAUUAAUUUUAAAUAUAGUUCUAAUUAAUUAUUUUUAGCUCAUCUUCAAAUAUGUAUACUGAGAGAUCUCUAUUUAUUUCCAUUACUGUCGAUUUACGCAGCAGUAUUAAAACAAUUAAGAUUUAAAAUUUUAUUAAUUUUUGAUGACGAGUUUUUAUGUGGAAAUCGGUAUUUUUUGUAGAAAGAAGUUUUAUUAUUUCUCGUGUUUAUUAUUUGGUAUGUUCUAUUUACUAUAAAACUAAGUUUAUUCCAAAUCUAAUGCAUUUUAUAUUGUAAAUUAACAUGAUAUAACGCGAAUUUAUUAAAUGACAUUAAAUGUACUAAUGUUUCGACUAUUUUGUCGUUUCGCCUGAAUAUUUUCUAUGUAUACAUUCUAAUUGUGCAUUUAUUUUAACAAGUUUAGCGAAAUAUAUUGUUCUUAAUUUAAGUAUACUGUUUAAAAUAUGAUAAAGUGUUAAAAUAUUGAUAUCACGAAUUAUUUAGGAAUAAAUCUAAAUACCUAUAUGUAGGAAAUCCAUAUCUGAAGUUGAUAUUAUGAUUUCAAAUAAAUAUAUGAAGAUAUCGUUAUCAUGAAUGUUAUAUUAGACAUUUAAUAAUAUCCAAAUCGAUUAACCUUUAGUAGCGUGAAUAUAACAAACAAGAAAUAAUACUUAAAAAAUACAUAUACACGGAUUUCUACGUCUAUGUCUGCAAUGUGGAAUUAAUCUUUGGGUUAUUUUGAUUUAUUAAUUGCCUUUUUUAAGUAUCCACCAACAUCCCUAUCUUAAUAGCUUUUCGAAUCUAACGAAAUAACGGUAUAUUUUUUAUGAAAUUCUAUUUCGGGAGAAAACUGUUUCCGCCAACUAAAUCUUAACAAAUCGCUUUGAUUUUGAUGUCGAUCGCUUCAGAGUAUAUUCUAGGUGUAUAGGUUUCGCUUUUUUGAAAAAAGAAAAAAUUAUAAUAUAUUAAACAAUCAUGGAAAAUAUUAAGAAGUGGAAAAACGUUUUUUUUUGUAUGGUCGAUCACGUGGUAUAUUCCCUCUUAAUGCACAUGUGUUUAAAGUUUUUACAUUCGAACGUUAUUUUCAUAUUAUCGACAUAAUUCGUUUACAUCGUAUAAUUUGAAAUGCUUUCUAUUUAUCUUUGUCAAUGACUAAUUUAAUAUAAUUACGAAUUUACUGAAGAAUCUCCAAAAAAUAAAAAAAUAUAUUUUAUUUAUGUUUAUAAUUAAUAUAUUGUAGAAAAAUAAAAUGUUGUCAUACGGUAAAGUACCCUGAUGUGGAGACUAAAGAAAUAAAUCCAAUAAAAACUUAUAGUAUUUUAUUUUGUGAAAAAUCUAAAUAUAUUAAUUGGUGCUCUGUACAUGUAUUUUUGAUAUUAUUUAAAAUUUUAUGAAGUAUAUUGUGAUGAAUAAUAAGUUUUAUUAAUAUAAGAAAUAAAUAUGGUUGUAUUUAAAAUAUGAUCAAAUGAA